AUGCAGCAUCCGCCAGUGGCGACCGUCAGGGCACAGGCACCGUUGACGCAUCGCGUGCGUUCUCUGUGGCGUGCUCUGCCCCUCUCUACAAACUCCAGUAGGUGUGCCCCUCUCAUGGAAUCGUGGAAAACGGCACUGCAGCACACGUGCAACACCGCUGUACCGCGCAUCCGAAGGAGCAGCAACGGUCAUGGCCUUACCGCGUCUGCCGGUGGCGUCUCAAGUCAUGCCCUACUCGUCAGCCAUCGAACGUGCUGCUCCUCUGCGUCCUCGUCCUCGUCGUGGAAACCGCCGUCAUCAGCAGAAGCGGCGAAUACCGCAGCCGCCGCAGAGCCGGAGAUGAUAUCACUUGACGCGAUAGAAAUCGAGGUGGUGAGUGGCGAGGAACCCCCGUCGACGACGUCCACGACCGCUACAGUGCGUCAUGCAGAAGUGCAUAGUGAAACGCCUUUCCCACGUCACAGAAACCAUCGUGUGCCGCAUCCCCACUGUCAUCACCAUCAGUGGCAGCGCGAAGUGAGUGCGACGGACUUCUUCACGGCACAGCUUCACGCCACCUCAGCUUCUGGGGGCCGCGGAUACGGCAGCGGUGAGACGGAAACCGGCGUGCCGGCCGGUGCCGUGCAGCAGCAGGACUACUGCGACGCUCACACAACCGACGCGUUUGCGCGAGGGCGCAUCGCCAACUUUGUGCGGCGCAUGGGCCACAGUACUGGGGCAGUAUUUCACGUGCGUGCCAUGACGCCGUCCCAGGCAGCGGCGGUCACCGGAAGUGCGACAGGGCCAACACUCUUCGCGGCGACGUGUCGGCUGCCGCUGCCGGAGCCGCAUGGCUCGCGCGUGGCCGAAGGCGUUGCAGAAGAUGCGAAGGAAGCGGAGGUGCUCGCUGCCAUGCAUGCCGAGCGCGUGUGUGACGCACUCGGCGUGCAGCUCUUCCGCCUGAGGACAGCACAGCAGAAGCACGCGGACACCGUGCGGAAGGAAGAGGGCCGCUACGCCCCCUACCCCGACGACCCCAUCAAGCCGCUCGGGACGCCUAUUCCACCCCCGCUGCGCCUGCUGCGCUCCCGCAUGCACGCGUCGUCAAACGCACCCGGCUCUGAAGUCGCCGCUGCUGAUGCGGCAGCCUCUUCGCAGUCCCCUCGGUUCAUGGCUGAGCGAGGCGAAGCGUCGGCAGCAACAGUGCCAGCACCCCGGGCGGUGCCGCCAGCUGACCAGGCGCCGCCGGCGGAAUCAGCAGGGAGUGGUGUUGGAGAAGACGACUCGGCGUCAGCCAGCCCCACCACCGCCGGUGGGAGUGUCGCGUCGUCCUCCGCCGCCGGCGCGGCGACGAGCUUUGACUCGACCAAGAUUGUGCUGCGCCGCCACGACCCUGUUGACGACUACGCACAGUUGGUGUUUCACUACACGGAUGAAGAGCACGCCGAGCGAGUGCGGGCGUACGCCAGCAGCGUCUACUACCCCUGGAUGUGCCAGUGGGAAGGGGCGGCCGUGGCGCAGGGAAACGUCAGCGCAGCUCCAAAGGGUGGUGCCAUGAGCAGCGAUGGCGCUGCUGCCGCCGCCACGCUAGGGCAGGUGUUUGACCCCACUGAAAACGGCAUGUGGUCGAUGGUGAAUGACCGCGAUAUGCGCUGCUCCCCCACACCGCAUGACGCGCUCGUGUUGCCCAUCGUGUACGACGGCCCGUGCGCCGAGGCGCGCAUCACUGACUACUACGCCCAGCACAACACAACGCUCAAGGAGCAUCUCACGGUGCGCUCUGCUUCUGGGUCAACGGGAAGUCCGCAGCGCAUGGUAGAGGCGGAGCUGCGACUUAUAGGUCUCACCAUUGCAGCGAAGGGGAAGGCGCAGACGGAGCAGAUGGCCAUCCACCUCGCCGCCAUGCACGCGGAGCUGCUGCUGGAUGCACUGGGACAUCCGCUCUUUCCGGCCGACCCACAGCGGCAGGCACGGCAUGCCGAGGUGGUGGCUGGCUACGGCCGGUGGGCCAUGAACCCCCUCACUGGCGCUAUCACACCACCGAGCCCGCACGACGCGCUCCCGCUGCCGCUGAAGAUCCAAAUCGGGACCGAUGAUGUGUGGCUGGGGCCGGAGGCGCGGCGACAGCUGGGGCACCGCUGGUCAGACUCGGAGCAUAUCAUUGUAGCCAUGCAGCACUUGAGCUCGCAGACCGAAGACGAGGUGGAGAUCAACCCGCCGGCGGAGCUGCUCGAGGAAGCGGAGCAGCUGCUCCAAGAAUGGCAGGUGCACAUCGCAAAGAGCCGCUUUACGCAUCUGUUUGUGUUGUUCAACAUGGACAAUGUCUUUCAGGCAACAACGGUCCUGCCGGUUCCGCGACAGUUCGGCAUCCGGGGUGGUCUCGGCAUUGGCAAGACGCGCAAGAUGGCCGUGCAGGUGUGCUCCCUGCACGCACUCGACACGCUGUGCACUCUCGGCGUCCCCCUGUGUGUCGACCCGGAGCGGGAGCGACGGUACCUACAGCGUCGUGCCGCACUCGGCAUGGUACUGCAGCGCACCCCUCCUGCCAACGACGGGUCGCUGAUGCGCGCACAGGUGCCGCGGCGCUUCUCUGGGCUGCCGGCACCGCCUUUGCCCGACGCGGCAGAGAAGUCACCGGGGACGAGGGACGGCGGUGUGCUGCGCUUGCCGACGUACGUAGUAGAGGGCUCGCACAUUCGCCUGUUGCCCAACAUCGCCGACACGCUACACGCCAUGCACCUGCGCAUUCCCGUGGACUACUGCCUUUUCGGUGGCGCCACCGAGGAGGUGCUCGUCGAAAUCGGCAAUCAGGUGCGCAUGGCCGUGCAGAACUACUUGCAGGCGUUCCUGGCAGGACUGUUGCGCAAUCGAAACAUGCAGCACGGAAUCCAGAGCAAGAGCGGUGCGUUGAGGGCUGUACAAUGUGCUGCAGCAGCGGCCGGCGCGGGCGACGCCGUCCCGGCCACCACCGGCAGCGGCCAGCGAAACGAGACCCCGCCGGCAACAGGUGCGGAUGUACGUAGUGGCGGCGGCGGGGACGUGGGCACCGCGAGCCGACCCGCAGCCGCCGUCGUGGAAGACAACAUCGCCGAGACACAGGCGUGGGCCACCCAGUUUGCCAUGAAUCUCUUGCCACACAACAUCAUCAGGGGCUACGGACGGCAGAACAGCCUGCACAACACCAGCUUCCUGCAGGUGCCGAUCCCCAGUAACGCUGCGCUGCCACCACCAGAGAUGUCGCACAAGAUUGACGCCUCAGCCAUAUCAUCGCCGCCGCACCCAUUAGUGGGACCCGUGUACGCCAUUGCCAUCGGCACGUCGCUCAAGCGUAAGGAUGCUGAGCGUGCCUGCUACCUUCACGCCGCGUCCAUCCUGCAUUCUUUUGGGGUGGAUGUCUUGGUGCAGUAUCCACGCGGCCAGCCCCGGGUGCGCCACGCAUGCUCGUUCGAAGACGUAGCCAAGUACCUGAGCAAGGAGCCGCUCAUCAUUACACCCCCAUUUCUCUCUGACGGCACGCUGCGCGCCUCGGCGGUGGAGGCCGCCGUUGUCAAGCCGACGGAGGCGGUUUUGCCGCCUCCGUCGACGAGCGAGGAGACCGCCAGUGCGUCGUCCGCCUCAUCUGCGCCACAGCCGGGCUCCCUGCACCCACCUCGGCCCGUCAUGCACACGAAUAUGAAGGCGUUCUUGGAAAGCACGCGAGGCAUCACGUUACCACGGAAGCGGAAGGUCCGCUUCACAAGUCCCUUCUGA